ACAUGAGAGAAGUGGCUACAGUUUGUUGUGGUCGCCUUUCCUCUCUAUACCGUCGAAGUUUUCCUCCGCUUGAAUAACAAAUGUAGCGUUUUUAUUCUUUAAAUAAGCGACCGGAUACUAAUUCUGUUUUUUUGGGGGGUGGUGGGUUUCUCUAGCCUUUUCGUUGUUUUUUUGUGGUGGGUUACACCUGUGCAGGGAUGAGUUCACAGCACCUGAAGUAGCAGCACAAGUCCAUUACAUGGGGUCGUGAUCUACCUUUAGGAGUCUGAAGAUCCACGGAGAGAACAAUGAUCUACGUUAUCAUGGGAGUGUCGGGCUGUGGGAAAAGUAGUUUCGGGGCCUUCCUAUCAGAAAAGCUGGGCUGGCCCUUACAUGAAGGAGAUGACUUCCAUCCACAGGAGAACAUUGACAAGAUGGCUCGUGGUGAACCAUUGACAGACCAGGACAGACUGCCCUGGCUCCUCAAACUACAUGAAGUCAUUGAGAGAGAAAGGUCUUCCAGCUGUGAUGCCCUGGUGGUUUGCUCCGCCCUGAAGCAUCUGUACAGACACAUCCUGCUCCACGGCUCCAAAGCCCUCGCUUCUCCUUCCAGUCCGAACCGAGAUAUCCUUCGUCCAGCCACUCCCGAUGUCUUUUUUAUCUUUCUGCACGGUGACUUCGAUCUGAUUCAUCAGAGGAUGGUGGACCGGAUGGGACAUUACAUGAAGGCCGACCUGCUGCGCUCCCAGUUUGAUGUUUUAGAGCCUCCGCUGGAGGAGGAGAACUUUUUGACACUGGACAUCCGUAGGAGCAUCUCUGACAUGGCCGUGGAGGUCGAGGCACACAUCACGAGCCUCAGGUCGAUUCCUUAAACAAAGCCACGGCAGCCGAUCAGAGGCAAUCAUCAGUGUGUUCCUUUUUUAGAGAUGCUGGUGGUGUGUUUGUUGGGAUGUUUGUGAGACGGCCUGUGUAGAUGGUUUGCAUGAAAUGUUAUUUGGUUAAUGAAAUUUUAGUUAAAAUAAAUUCUUACAACCUUCA